UCUGUUUCUGAGGCUUGGUGAGUCACUGAACCGUCUUCCGCCCCUUCCUCAGCCAGACCCGCCUGAGAGAAACUGGGGCGUCUGCCCUGGCUGACUGAGCCUAGGCCGUGCCUGGGGACUGAGGGAAACAGGGCCUUGCCCCUCUCUGGCCCAGCCAGGGGUCGCAAGGGGAGCCCCCGUCCCCGAAGAGGCCACAGGGUCCCCCCUCUUCUGCAUCCUGGGGUUAGACCUGGUCAUCUCAAUGGUUACCACUUGUGUUCCAGUAGCUGAGCUCCUCCUCCUCGUCCUCCUCCUCCUCCUCCUGUUCCUCACCAUCACCACCAUCAUCCUCCUCCUCCCCCUGCUCCUGCCGCUGCUGCCUCUCCCUUGGAGGGGACCAUCCUGGUGCCGCUUUUGUAAAGCAGUGGCUGAGGAGACCCCGGGACUCACCAUGGACAAUGAAAAGCCAGAGGAAGGCUUGGAGACUGAAAACAAGGGCCGCAUUAUUUUGAAGGUGGCAGGGCAAGAUGGUUCGGUGGUGCCGUUUAAGAUUAAGAAGUACACAUCCCUUGGUAAACUAAUGAAAGCCUAUUGUCAACGACAGGGUUUGUCAAUGGGGCAGAUCAGGUUCCGAUUUGAUGGCCAACCAGUCAAUACGACAGACACACCUGAAAAGUUGGAAAUGGAGGAUGAAGAUAUAAUUGAUGUAUUCCAGCAGCAGACAGGAGGCCCUUACUAGAAAGAGAACAUGCAACUCUGCUCCAGAACUGUGCUCCCAAGGAAAACAAUACAUUCACAAUUAGAAAACCAAGAUUUGGUUCAUCCACAUCCUGACUACUGCAGUAUAGUUUUCUGUCUUCUUUGAUUCCCUUUCCCCCAUUCCUUUAUUGUACAUAAAGUAACUGGUGUAUGUGCACAGGCAUAAUGCCUAUUUUUUUUUAACUAAAUGGCCGAUGGUAUGUUAUGAUCAACAUCAAAUGGAGAUGGGGAGGGGAAAAAACAAACUGCUUCUGUGAAAAUAUCCCUUUUCUCCAUUAGUGGCAUGCUUAUUCAACUUUUAUCUUUAUAUUCCAGUAAGUUAAUUUUGCUCUCACGGUUUAACAACAACAACACAAAAAAAAGCCCACAAAAAAAUCCUUGCAUAUCUUGUUUGAUUGGAUAGUUUCAAUGUUUUUCUGUUAUCAUUGUAAAACCAAGGACGAUUUUGUGACUUUUUUGUACGUAGCUGUUACAUGUAGGGCAAUCUCUGUGUCUCAGUAGGGAUAAAUUACUAUAAAAAAAUUGAUCCUAGAUAGUUUUCCCUUCAAGUCAAACAUCUUGUUGUUGAAAUAAACUUCUUGUUUAAAAUAAAAAAAUAAAGAUUUAUCAUUGCAUUAAUUAGAAUUCCAAUA